GUUUUUUAUUUUCAGAAAAUGGCAAAAAUUUCGUCGUCCUUUUUUACACUCUUUUAUUAUUUUUUAUUCAAUUUUGUUCCAAUCUGGACUGCUUAUUUCUCUCAAUUUUCUUCUCUUCGACAACCAGAUAGAGAUCCUUGUUAUGAUUCUGCUGGAAGACCUGUUAGAUGUGUUCCAGAUUUUAUCAAUGCUGCUUUUGGAAAGCCGAUUGUCGCUUCUAGCACUUGUGGAACUAAUGGAAAACCUUCGAGAUUUUGCCUCUUGGAAGAAUCACAAGAUGGAACAAUGCGGGAACGUUGCGAGAUUUGUGAUGCUGAAGAUUUAACCUUAGCACAUCCAGCUCAAUUACUGACAGAUUUGAAUAAUCCAGAUAAUUUGACUUGUUGGGUUAGUGAACCAACAACAACAACAACAACAAAUAUUUCCCCUUUGAAUGUGACACUUACUCUAAAUCUUGGAAAGAAAUUUGAGUCCAACAAUCGUGGACGUACUUGGAUUCCAAUGCAAUUUUACUCGUCCCAAUGUGAAAAUAUUUAUAAAAGACCAAAAGAUGCUAAAAUUACUCGUGAAAAUGAACAGGAAGCAAGAUGUACAGAUGCUCGUUCCCUCUCACCUUUAUCAAAUCGAAUAGCUUUUGCUACUUUAGAAGGAAGACCUUCAGCAUUGGAAUUUGAACAAUCACCGGUUCUCCAAGAUUGGGUAACCGCAACAGAUAUAAAAAUUGUUUUUAAUCGUCUAAGUACUGAUCAAAACCAAAUGUAUUGGUUAGAAGAAAAUAUUCAACGUUUUAGAAGAGAUAAUAAUAAUUCUAUUUUUGAAAUUGGAGAAGGAAAUUUUUUAAAUUCAAAAUUUGGUGAACAAAUAUUGAAGGAACGCUAUUUUUAUGCAAUGGCUGAAUUGGCAGUAGGAGGACGGUGUAAAUGCAAUGGGCAUGCUAGUCGUUGUGUUAUUGACCGUAUGGGAAGGUAUGCCUGUGAUUGUAAACACGCCACAACAGGGCUAGACUGUGAAAAAUGCCGUCCGUUCCAUUAUGAUAGGCCUUGGGCUCGUGCUGGUGCUGAUGAUGCUAAUCCAUGCAUUGCCUGCAAUUGUAAUUUACAUAGCAGAAAAUGUCGUUUCAAUGCAGAACUUUACCGUCUUAGUGGUUAUCAAAGUGGAGGUGUUUGUCUAAAUUGUAGGCAUAAUACUGCUGGCAGAAAUUGUCAUUAUUGCAAACUUGGCUACUUUAGAGAUCAAAACAAACCAAUAACGCAUAGGAAAGCUUGCAAACCUUGUUUGUGUCAUCCAAUAGGCUCUAUAUCUCGAAAUUGCAAUCAAACAAGUGGACAGUGUAUUUGCAAACUUGGAGUUGAUGGCCCAACCUGUAAUCGUUGUGCUAAAGGCUUUCAACAAUCCCAAUCACCUGUUACGCCUUGUAUUCGUCCUCCACCAGCAGAAAAUGCUCUUUUUGAUUCAAAAAAUUCCGCAAAUAAAGAAGAAUGUGAUAAAUGUAAAGCGUCUUCUACACGUUUAACACACAAAAGAUUUUGCAAAAAUGAUUAUGCCUUCCAUUUGCAAGUAAUUGGCCGUGAAUUAAUUAAUGGAUGGGCUAAAUACUAUAUAAAAAUAAUUUCAAUUUUAAAAAAUGAAAUUAAAAACGAAGACUUUGGAAAAGAAAAUAAUUUUAAUUUAAUUGAACCUGGAGAAGAAAUGGCUCUUUGGUUAUCUGAAAAAUUGUUGGAAUGUAAAUGCCCAAAAAUUAAAGUUGGAAGAAAAUAUUUAAUUAUGGGUCAAUAUAAAUAUUCAACAACACCGACAACUUCUACUGAUUUUACAAUAAAUAACAACGAAUAUUCAUCCAAAAAUAAAUUAAAAAAUUUAAUUUUAAAUCCAAAUCAUUCAAUAUUAAUAGAUUGGAGUUUGUCUUUAGCUGAUAAAUUUGAACGUUUUGAACGUCGACAUUAUAGAGAAAAAUGUUUAAAAAUCAAAAAGGUGGAAGAGGAGAAGGAAGAAGAAAAUAAUUUAAAUACAACAAUUGAAACUUUAAUUAAUAAUGAAGAAAAUAUAAAAAUUGAAAAAAUAAAGAAGAAAGGAGGAGUGGAGGAAGAAGAAAAUAGAAUUUAAAAAAGUUGGAAUUUUUAGAGAAAAAAGAAUCUUUUUUUCAUACUAAAAGAGUAAGAAGAAUUUAUCCCUCCUUAAUCACUCACGUUUGUUUAAAAAAUUGUUAGGUUUUUUAAAUUUAAAAAACAAGGGGUUGUCGGGUGCACUGUGAAUUUCUUAAAUAUCGACAACCCUUAUUUUUAAAAUAAUCGAAAAUCUUUCUGAUAUGUCAUUUCAUUUCGCUCCUAAGGGAGGGGGGGGGCUAUCAUUUUUAUGCAUUCCUUGUAUUUUAUAUACAUAUAUAUUUUUCAAAAUAUUUUCAAAAUAUUUAAAGCUUUAUAUUAUCUUUUUGUCCAAACAAAUUUUCUUGCCCUACUCUAUUUUCUAUUUUUUUUUCUUGCUUUAAUUUUGUUUUCAAGUCAAUUUUUUUCGAAAUAUUUUUUUUCUAUUU